AUCUUUCUUUCUUUCUUUCUCUCCUGCCCUCUAUAUCUGUGUCAUUCCUCGGCCUCUUUUCAUUACUACCUAUUUACCUCUUCUUCUCUCUCUCUCUCUCUCUCUCUCAUAUAUUUUUUGAUUUUGCUAUUUCCAAAGACGCAUAACACCAACUCUACCCAUCUCUUUCACGCUCAUCAACGACAUGGAUUCUUCUUCUUCGUCUCAGAACUGGCUCGGCUUCUCUCUUUCCAACCAUCCCCACCAACACUCCUCAUCCCUCUCCCUCUUCCACGCCUUCACUUCCCCCACCCAAGGUACUGGGGUUGACGAAGCGCCGGAAAAAGAUGCAGCUGCUGGUGCAACUGACCUGUCCAUGUUCACAGCUGGGCCGAAGCUCGAGGACUUCCUCGGUGGCUCCAACGCCACAGCUGGAGCCGCGCCGCUGCCUCACUUUUCUAACGAGACGCCCAUGGCUCUGACUAUGUCUGAGCCUGCAGAGAUUUAUGACUCUGAGCUCAAGACCAUAGCCGCCAGCUUCCUCCGCGGCUUCUCUACCGAACAACAAACCCAAGCUCAAGCUCAUGCCCAAGCCCAGGCCCAAAAGCAGCCGUUGGCAGCAGCCGACCCGCCGCCCAAGAAGCCCGUCGAUACCUUCGGCCAACGCACCUCCAUCUACCGCGGCGUUACCCGGCAUAGAUGGACAGGCAGAUAUGAAGCUCAUCUUUGGGACAACAGCUGCAGAAGAGAAGGGCAAAGUCGGAAAGGAAGACAAGUUUAUUUGGGAGGGUACGAUAAAGAAGAGAAAGCUGCAAGAGCUUAUGAUCUGGCAGCUCUCAAAUACUGGGGUCCGACCACCACUACAAAUUUUUCAGUUUCCAACUAUGAGAAAGAACUGGAAGAGAUGAAGAACAUGACUAGGCAGGAGUUUGUCGCUUCUCUACGAAGGAAAAGUAGUGGGUUCUCUAGAGGAGCCUCUAUCUACAGAGGUGUCACAAGGCACCAUCAACAUGGUAGAUGGCAGGCAAGAAUAGGGAGAGUUGCUGGCAACAAAGAUCUCUACCUUGGCACCUUCAGCACCCAAGAAGAAGCGGCUGAAGCUUAUGACAUUGCAGCUAUCAAAUUCAGAGGCCUAAAUGCUGUGACAAACUUCGACAUGAGCCGCUACGACGUGAAGAGCAUUGCCAAUAGCAACCUUCCGAUCGGAGGAAUGUCAGGGAAAUCUAAAAAUUCUUCCGAGUCAGCUUCGGACAGCAAGACUGUCGACGGAAGCCGGUCGGACGACCGUGAUCUUUCCUCGUCGUCGACCAUAACUUUUGCAUCACAGCCCUCCACCUCAUCCCUAAGCUUUGCAAUACCCAUCAAACAAGACCCAUCAGAUUACUGGUCCAUUCUUGGAUACCACAACACAUCUUUCAACAAUGCCAAGAACAACCCUAGUAGUACUGCUGCCUUUCAGAGCUCCACCUCUCCCUUCAACAUGGAGUUUUCUGCAGCUUCAAACUCCUCUGCCAAUGAAAGCAGCAGUGGGGGGAUUUUCAAUGGAGGAUAUGUUCAUCAUCAGCAACAGAAUAAUGGGAACAACUCAAUCCCAUUUGCCACCCCCAUUGCCUUAAAUAGUAACAAUAGUUACGAGAGCUCCUCUGGUUAUGGAAGCAGCUGGAUUGGCCCAGCUCUGCACACAUUCCAAACUCAUGCAAAGCAGAGCCUUUUUCAGACACCGAUUUUUGGCAUAGAAUGAGCAUGAAUUUGUGCAAAAAUUGUGAAAGCGAAGGGCAUGAAUUUGUUGGUGGAGGGUGGAGUUUAGUUGAAUAGAUGGGGUGGACUGACAAAUCAUAAUUCCUAGGAGCAGAGCUGACGUUGUAGUACUGACUGUAGUGGUUCUUUGUUGAGGUCAUGGUUCCUUCUUUUUUGGCUUUUUCAUUUUUCUUUUUUGCCCUUUCUCUUUUUCUUUUUACUGACAUGAUUUACAUGGGUAUAAUGGGGAAGAACACUUUUGUCAUCUUUCCUCCUUGUUGGUACUAAACUAUCAAUGUGAAAGUUUUCCAUGUUAUCUCC